GCUGCGUUCCGUCGUGUAUUUGUUUCCGACUACCUCGGUCUCCCAUUCAAAGUAACACCGCACCUAAAAGACUGCAGCAGUAGGUAGGCUUAUUCCUCUUACCUUCACAUUAUAUCUAUUCUUCUGCAAUGCCUGAUGAAGUUACUAUAAGACAGCAACGUCCACAGUGUUUCUACUCAGGAGCUGUCUUCUACCUGUUGAGGUGUCACCUUGAAUACUGCCUCCCUUCAACACAUAAUCCCCUCACCCCGGAAACGAUUUAAAUUGGACAUCAUUUCCCAUCUUUCCACGUGGAAUUUCUAUAUUAUAAUUUAGUUGAGAUUCCAAGAAUUUCUUUAGGCUUGAAUCAGACAUGGGUGUAGUUCUCCGGAAUCUCCAGAAGGUGGUGCCACUGAGGCGCGCCCGGCUACGGAGGGAUGUGGACACUCUGAGACACAUACUUGGCGUCCAGAAGUUUGACCUGGGCAUCAUCUGCGUGGACAACCGUAGGAUUCAGCAGAUUAAUAAAACCUAUAGGAAAGUAAAUACACCUACCGACGUGCUUUCAUUUCCAUUCCACGAGGAGCUGCGACCUGGUAAGCUGCCUUGCCCGCUGCAUAGAGACGAACUCAACCUGGGCGACAUUUUUUUAGGGGUUGAAUAUCUGAUGAAACAGUGUCAGGACAACUCAAUGGAUCUGCAUAGUACUCUCACAGUUGUCACUGCACAUGGUAUCUGCCAUCUGCUGGGUUAUAGACAUGAGACGGAGGAGGAAUGGGAUGAGAUGUUUCAGAGAGAAAGCUACAUCCUGGGAGAGUACAACAGACUGACAGGACAAAACCUGGAGCCUUUGACCAAGAAGUGCAGUCAAGACAGCUGACGGCCGGCCGGCUCCUGAGGAGGAAGUCGCACACGCCGAUACUUGUUGCCAAUAUCCUACAAUCAGAAUCAUUCUGACCAACUGUUCCGCCUGGAUCCAUCAGAUGAACAAAACAUUUUUACUCAAUAUUUUUAUUCAAUGAAAGGGAGUUUAUUUUGUUCCUUCGGUGCUGCUUGUGAGUCAUUAAAAAAACAAUUGAGACAUGUAAGUUUAAACUUUUAUUAAAAUCUGCUUUAGGAAGAGUCAAAUACUGUAGGAACAGGUAGAAAAGAAAAGCGAUCUCUAGUGUUGUGCCCACGUCACACCUCAAACACAGGGCCACUCUGGAAAGGUGCAAAGUUUCAUUACUGCUAAAUGAUUCUGUGUGUGAAACCAAGAUGUUGUGACAAUGUGUUCAUUGGCGAUUAGUAAGGUUGUUACUGAUAGUACAACAGUUCCAAUACAUCUGCAUAUAAGCAAUGCACCAGUGUUGAAAUUCCAUAUAUAUAUAUAAAGGUUGAUCAUUGAAAAUAUACAUCCACCUCUUUCAUUAAUUGUACAGCGCCCUAAACAAUGAAAACAUUUUAUUUGGUGUCUGGGUAUUUGUGGAAAU